AUGUGCUUCUCUCCCUACGACUUACUUGGGUCUUCUGCUAGGGCACAAAAGGAAUUCGAAGUCUCUUUGGCAUCCAGUGAUGGAAAAAUUCAGUCUCGUUUACAAAGUUGGAAAUCUAAAGUUUUAUCUUUUGGGGGCAGGCUUACUCUUAUUAGAUCAAUGUUAUCUAAUCUCCCUGUUUAUUUCAUUUCUUUAUUCCCUAUUCCUAAGGGUGUUGUUGACUUUAUUGAUAAAGUCAUCGCCUCUUUCGUCUUGAAGGGUAAUUCGGAGAGAGGAAUUCAUUGGUUAAAUUGGAAAUCUGUUUGUGGUUUGAAAUCUCAUGGGGGUCUGGGUAUCUUUGAUGCUCUAACCAGAAAUCGAGCUAUGCUAAAUAAGUGGGUUUGGCAUUUUAGCGAGGAGAAUGAUAGCCUUUGGAAAAAAAUCAUAGUUGCUAAGUACAAUUACGAUCCCCUUGAUAUUUUGCCAAAAGAGGUUUAUUCGCGUAAUUCUUCUUGGGUUUGGCGUAACAUUGUCAAUCCGAUGCCUUCUCAUGUGGGGAAUAUAGAUCUUAGGAAGGGUCAUUUUGAUUGGGAAAUUCCUCUUUGGUCGCAUUUCUUGGAGGUUAUUAAUCUAGCUGCUAGUUCAGCUCAUGCUCACGAUAAAUUAAAAUGGGUGGGCUCCGCUGAUAGAAGAUACACCCCAAAAUUUUAUUAUCAUUCUGUGACUUCCGAAGGCAAGUUGGUCGAUCCGAUUUGGCAAGUUGUAUGGUGUAAAUUAGUUCCUCUAAAAGUGUCUGGGUUUGUUUGGAAAGCAGUGCAUCAAAGGUUGCCGGUUAUUCCUGAACUGGUGAAGUGGGGAGUUCAUGUUUCUGAUCAGAUUUCUUGUUCCUUCUGCAAUAGUUUUCCAGAAUAUAUUAAUCAUAUUCUGUGGGUGCAAUUAGGGAGCUGGUGUUUUGUUGGAUGUUCUUCUAGCUCCGUUCUGGUUGCUGCUGCUGGUUGA